CCAAAACCACUCUCUCUUUUUCUUUCUUCAUUGCAGAGUCUUAAUAGUUGCUGUGGCUCUGCGUUUAGGGCUUCUUCUUCUUCUUCUUCCAUGGCGCUUUACCUUCUGUACGAAUCGGCUUCUGGGUACGCCCUAUUUAACGCCCACGGCCUCGACGAGAUCGGCCAGAACACGGAGGCCGUCCGUAACUCCGUCGCCGACUUGAAUCGCUUCGGCAAAGUCGUUCAGCUGACCGCCUUUCACCCCUUCGAGUCCGCUCUCGACGCUUUGAACCAAUGCAAUUCCGUCUCCGAAGGGCUUAUGACUGAUGAGUUGAGAAGCUUUUUGGAGCUUAAUCUCCCGAAGGUUAAGGAAGGUAAAAAGCCAAAGUUCAGUUUGGGAUUGGCUGAACCCAAGCUUGGAUCAAAUGUUCUUGAAGCGACCAAGAUUCCUUGCCAAAGUAAUGAGUUUGUUCUUGAGUUGCUUCGUGGUGUGCGCUUGCAUUUUGAUAAGUUUAUUAAGGACCUAAAGACUGGGGACUUGGAGAAAGCCCAACUUGGUCUUGGACACAGUUACAGCAGGGCAAAGGUCAAGUUCAAUGUGAACCGAGUUGACAAUAUGGUGAUUCAAGCCAUCUUUCUCUUGGAUACUCUCGACAAGGAUGUUAAUUCCUUCUCUAUGAGAGUUAGAGAAUGGUAUUCCUGGCAUUUUCCUGAACUGGCGAAGAUUGUCCACGACAACUAUCUGUAUGCCAGAGUCGCCAAGUUUAUUGAGGACAAAGCAAAGCUGGCUGAAGACAAGAUCCUUGAAUUAACUGAAAUAGUUGGAGAUGAAGAUAAGGCCAAGGAGAUUGUGGAAGCUGCCAAGGCAUCUAUGGGGCAAGAUUUAUCUCCAAUUGACUUGAUUAAUGUCCACCAAUUCGCACAGAGGGUAAUGGAGCUGUCUGAUUACAGGAGAAAACUAUAUGAUUAUCUAGUUACUAAAAUGAAUGACAUUGCACCCAAUUUGGCUUCCUUAAUUGGUGAAGUUGUCGGAGCUCGUCUGAUUUCCCACGCUGGUAGUCUUACAAAUUUGGCAAAGUGCCCUUCUUCCACCCUCCAAAUACUUGGUGCGGAGAAGGCACUCUUUAGGGCAUUGAAAACGAAGGGAAACACACCCAAGUAUGGACUUAUAUUCCAUUCGUCUUUUAUUGGACGAGCUUCUGCCCGUAACAAGGGUCGAAUGGCUCGGUAUCUCGCAAACAAGUGUUCUAUUGCUUCUCGCAUUGACUGUUUUGCCGAAAAUGGUACAACUGCAUUUGGAGAGAAGCUUCGUGAACAAGUUGAGGAGCGCCUAGACUUUUACGACAAGGGGGUUGCACCAAGGAAAAACAUCGAUGUGAUGAAAGCUGCUAUCGAAAGUGCUCAAGGAAAAGAUGCAGAAAUGGAAACAGAGGAAGUGCCUACUGAAAAGAAAAGCAAGAAGAAGAAAUCCAAAGCUGCGGCCACCGAGGAUGGUGAUGCCAUGGCUGUUGAUGAACCUGCUGUCGUUACAAAUGGGGAGGCUGAUGAUGCUAAAUCGGAGAAGAAGAAGAAGGACAAGAGAAAAAUUGACAGUGAUGUUGAGGAGCAAGAGCAUGCGAAGGGUGUAGACGCCGAGGAUGGAGCAGCCAAAAAGAAGAAAAAGAAGAAGAGCAAGAGUGAAGAUGGAGAAGAUUUGCAGGCUGAUGGCGAUGCCAAGAAGAAAAAGAAGAAAAAGUCCAAAAGUGAAGAAUGAGUAAUUUUCAUAAACGUUGUUGCUGAUGAUGGGUGAUUAGUGUUCAAGACAUAUGUAUCUAUCUAGGCUAUGGCUUUAUUAUGUCUAGAUGAACUCUUUAGUAACUUAGGUGAUUCACUAUCUUAAUAUCAGCCUUUUUUUGUAAACGUUAGUAUAAUUUCAGUUUUGGCUUCUAAAGCUUGGACAAAGAUUACUAGAGGACAAACUAUCAUUGCUCCGGUCACUUUUGUUUAUUUAUGAUUUUUAUGGAA